ACCAGACUUCGUGGCUGUCGGGAGUCCCGAUUUUAACAAGAAGAAGAGAGGCGGCUGCUUAACGGGGGGAAAUGUCUGCGGUACCCGAUGGAAAGAAGCUCGUCCGGAGCCCCAGCGGGCUUCGCAUGGUGCCGGAAAACGGCGCCUUCAGCAGCCCUUUCUCCCUGGAGGAGCCGCAGUGGGUCCCGGACAAAGAGUGCCCGAGAUGUAUGCAGUGUGACACCAAGUUCGACUUCAUCAGACGAAAGCAUCACUGCCGGCGGUGCGGCCGGUGCUUCUGUGAUAAAUGCUGCAGUAAGAAGGUGGCGCUGCCCCGCAUGUGCUUCGUGGACCCGGUGCGGCAAUGUGCCGAGUGCAGCCUGAACUCCCAGAAGGAGGCGGAGUUCUACGACAAGCAGGUCAAAGUGCUCCUGGGGGGCGGAAGCUUCGUCGUCACUUUGGGAACGUCGGAGAAGUCUGAAGCGAUGACGUGUCGCCUCUCCAACAACCACAGGUACCUGUUCCUGGACGGGGAGAGUCACUUCGAGGUGGAGCUGUCCCGCAUCUCCAGCAUGCAGAUCCUGACGGACGGCUCGAGUCCCGCAGAGAAGGACAUUCACACUUACACCAGUCUGCUGGACACUCAGUUUCUGUCUGAAGGAGGGUCGUCGCGCGCUAACGGCAUGCUGCUCCACUUCAAGCCGGCGGGCUCCCAGGAGCCUCAGCAGCUGCGCGUGGAGGCGGCGGACGACAGGAAGGCGGCGGCGCUGUGGCUGGCGGCGAUGCACAAGGCGGCAAAGCUGCUGUACGAAGCUCGGGACCAGUGACGCGCCGGCGGCCCCCACCGGACCUCCAGGCAGCGAGGAGGGGACCAGAACCACGACCAGCUGUGGAGUUCUGACUCCACUUAUGGGUCUGGUUCGGCGUCGGCUCCUUGGUGCUCCUGAAGAGGAAACACUUUAUUACCUCUGUAACUGAGCUUUGUGCGUCUCGAUCCUUUAAAGCGGCUCAACUUUUCACCCGAUAACAGAUGUUUAACGUGUUCAUUCACCUUUUCAUAACUUCAGCUGGAUGAACAGUUAAUAGUUUUAUACGCUGCAGAUCUUUUGUCUCAUCUGGGAUUUUAUUUCCUGGAGGACGUGAUGAGACACUUCUUCUUUUUCUUGGACCAUCUCAGAUUGAUCCAUUUGUCCUCCGAGAGACGGAAGAGUUCAGGUGAAAUGUCUCUGCUUCUUUUCUUUAAAUCGUUUAUAUUAUUAAUUAAUUCUCCUCUCUGCUCACUUACAGAUUCAAAGCUUCUCUUCGCUGAUUCUAGUGAAGCAGAAACGCUAAAUAAAUGUAGGUUCACGUAUGGAAGUUUUGUAUGAGCUAUUUUGUCAAGUAUUGCUACUUUUAACACUAUGUGUGUCUGUACGCACAUCACACAGUUUGUGUAACAUUUGUAAACCGUUAUUUUUUGUUUUGGCCCCAAACAGUUUUCUUAUUUUUUAUCGUUUGUCGUAACAAACAGGAGGAGAAUUCUGCUUCUUCCACCAGUUGGACAGUUUGUUGUGUUUGGGGCCAGUUGAUGGUUUCUAAAGGUCGACCCCGUUUCUUCCUCUUUGUCAAUAUUAUUAUUAUUAAUAUUAUAACAUUUCAAUGUUUCACACAAAACCAAACUACCAUUUUCUUCACUCACAAAAUGAUCUUUCAAAUUGAGAAAUAUCUUUUGUGCAUUAAACGGUGAAACUAAAAUAUGAAACGUGGGGCGGCAGAGGGGGCGGGGCUUCACCUCUGCAGCAGAUCUGAUUCGCUCGUCGCUGAGGGGCGGAGUCAACCAUCAGCUGUUUGUUCCACAUGUGACGUAAAGACACAAACUAAAAAACACAGAGGGAUGUUUUUUGAGUGACACUCAUUUUUUAACUCUAAAUAUCUCGUCUUCCGAGGAAACCGAUGAAUUGUUUUGUAUUUUGUGUCUUAACACGUUUAUAACGUUGGACGUAUAAGCAUGAAGCGUGUUGUCUCACUAGAUGUGUCAGGUGGAAGCUAAUAAGUGGACCUCCAUGAGACGCUUUCUGUGUAGAAAGUCAACAGUUUAAACUGCAUUUCGCUCGCUGACGCUACGUGAUGACCAAGUAUCGCUGGCUUGUUUUUAUGAAUCUUAAUGUGUCUUCACAGUUUUGAGCUUGAAGAAGCAACUUAAACGGUUUCAUGAAGAACAGCUCUGGAUUUGUUGGCGUUUGACCUUUUUUAGUGUCAUUGACUCCCAACUAGACAACAUUCAGCACCUCCUCUUUGUAACAAAGUUUAUUUUUAUACGCUGCUCACCUAAGAAAUAAAACCACUCGUUGUUCUGUUUGAGGAGCGGAGGAAAGCUCCUCGAGGUUCUCAUGAAGACGUCUGAUGGCUGCACAGAGGACAGAAAUGAAGAACGUCUCUUUAGUUCCUGCACAGUUCAUCUGAUGCAUCUUCUCCAGCUCUUAACAUCUACAUCGGUAUCGGCCCCUUUUACCCGACAACACUCAACCCUCCAUGAAGUCCUGCAGAUUAAACCAGCGUGUUUCCCUUUCAGUUCUGUGAUCAUCUCUGUGCAGCUCUCACGUCGUCUUCACUUGUUAGAUGAUGAAGAACUUUGGACUCUGUGUUUGUUUCUGCACUUUAAAGCUCAACCUGAUUACUGUCCAUUUAAUCCAGCGCUUCAUUUACCAAAACACUUUGUUGGAUUUUUCUCUUGGGAAUAAAAAUCAAGUGUUUGUAUA